GGCAGGGCGGGCGCUUCCGCCCAAAUCCCCGGCAGAGAGUCGAGAGGCGCUUCCCGGUCCCUCCGGAGGUCUGCCGGGUGAAGAUGGCGCACCACGCCAAGUUCCUCGCCCGGACCGUGAUGGUCCCGGGCGGAGACGUGGAGCUGGCCUACCGCGUCCUCACCAGAGUCCUCACUAUGGAUGGGAUUAUCGACCACGUUAAGCGCAAGCGGUACUACGAGAAGCCGUGCCAGAAGAGGCGGCGGGAGGCCUACGAAGCGUGCCGGAGAAUCUAUAACUCUGAAAUGGGCAGAAAGAUCAACUUCCUCAUGAGGAAAAACCGCCCGGAUCCUUGGCUCGGUUGCUAAACCCAAGACUUUCAAAGGGUGGAGGCGCCGCCGAGGCUCCCGCUCGCUUUGAUUUGUCCGGAAAGUUAUUGUGAAGUCAAUAAAAUCCAUACAAAGUU